AUGGCGCUGCAUACGACCGUCCCGUUGACUAUUGAGCCUAGCCUAAGCCUGCCCUCGCGCUCACCCACGCGCCAAAAAAGCAAGUCACUCACGCCCUUACCCACUUUCCUCGACGAUGGAUCAUCCUAUUGGCUUCCACCACCAGAAAAUAUCACACAGGGAGGCUACGGGCUCGGUUAUGAUGUAGAACCGCUCUCAAUGCUAGGUAGGGUUACUGGCGUGACUUCCACCCAGCAAAGCGCGUAUAUUGGCGCGCCGCCUCCGUUGAGCACGACUUUCGACUGCAGUACGACACCGUUUACGCGGAGACCAUUGCAGCAGACGACAAGCUCCCAGUUUUACUCCCAUACUCCCUUGACUGCAACAUCUGCGGCUGGAUUCUCUGGUCUUUCAUCGCAUACAGAAUACUCAAUUGGCGGAAAUUACGUUUCUCAUUGUGACGACAAUGAACGCGGAUCCUGGCAGAAUCACAAUAUCAUACCGGCACCGACCCUGCUCGAUGAAUACUCUUCUUAUGGGGUGUCGAGUACCUUUGGCCUUGCGGAUCCAACUGGCCGGUCGUCCCAAUACAACAAUUCCCCCCAGCAGCACCAGCUCCAUCCCGUUCCGAAUCAUCUGCACUUUAACUACACCGAUUCUUUCUCUGAAGCGAUCGCCUCACCUAUCCCGUCCUUUCCCACCUCUGUGCACCGUUUUUUCAAUACCGACGCGCAGAAUAUGGUAGGUUCGUCAUACUCCAGCCAAAUCGAGCAAAGGGCCGGUCCCAUGGGGUGGUCGCCCAGCACGAACGGUGACUCUCCGUCCCCUCCAGCGAUGAAUCUCAGCCGGAAGGGAAGCACAGGCAGUAACAGUGGUCCGCCGAACAAGUCCAGCAACCUGGCCUGUUUCUUCUGCAGAGGGCGAAAGAUCGCCUGUGGAAGGCCUAUGGAGGGCAGCGCGGAUAUGACGUGCAAUCAGUGCGCUAGAAGACAGCUCAAAUGCGAGUACCCUGCGGAGUCGAGACGCGGGCAACAUAAGCGUCCUCCGAGGAAGAAUGCACCAUCUUUGGGGCAUGAUGUGAACUUUGCUAUGUGA